AUGGCGGUGGGGAAUAUCUAUGUGAUUGCGGCCGUGUCCGUCAUUGGCGGUGCCCUCUUUGGCUUUGACAUUUCCUCCAUGUCGGCCAUUUUGGGCACACAGUCCUACCGAUGUUACUUCAAUCAAGGCCCCGAGGGUCCUCCUUUCAAUGACAAUCCACGCUGCACAGGUCUGAGCGCCCUGAACCAAGGCGGUGUCACCGCAGCUAUGUCCGGUGGUUCCUGGCUAGGAGCCUUGGUGUCCGGUUUCAUCUCUGAUAUCAUGGGUCGAAAGUAUGCCAUCAUGACAGGAUGUGUGAUCUGGGUCAUCGGCUGCGUGAUCAUGUGUGCCAGUCAAAACAUCGCCAUGUUGGUGGUUUCUCGUGUUAUCAACGGCCUUGCCGUUGGUAUUGAGUCUGCUCAGGUUCCAGUCUACAUUGCCGAGAUUGCUCCCCCUUCGAAGCGUGGUCGUCUAGUUGGGUCACAGCAGUGGGCCAUUACUUGGGGCAUCUUGAUCAUGUACUACAUCUCAUUCGGAUGCUCCUAUAUUGGCGGCAAGGAUGCUUAUACGUAUAACCCCGCCUCGUGGCGCGUCCCUUGGGGCCUCCAGAUGUUUCCUGGGGUUCUGCUAUUUUUUGGGAUGAUAUUCUUGCCAGAAUCCCCUCGCUGGCUUGCUCGGAAGGACCGUUGGGAAGAAGCCCAGGCGGUGCUGGCCCUCGUGCACAGCAAAGGAGACGCAAAUAGUCCCUUGGUCCAGAUGGAGAUAGCCGAGAUCCGAGAAAUGUGCGAGUUUGAGAGACAGAACAAGGACGUGACCUACCUGGAGCUGUUGAAGCCCAAGAUGAUCAACCGCACUAUUAUCGGCAUGUUCACCCAGAUUUGGUCCCAACUCACCGGCAUGAACAUCAUGAUGUAUUAUAUUACCUAUGUGUUCCAGAUGGCCGGCUAUUCUGGUGACGCCAACCUGAUCGCGUCCUCCAUCCAGUAUAUCAUCAACGUCGUUCUGACCAUCCCAGCUCUGAUCUGGGUGGAUCGCUGGGGUCGGCGUCCGACUCUGCUGAUUGGAGCCGCCCUCAUGAUGACUUGGAUGUAUGCCAACGCCGGCAUCAUGGCGACACAUGGCGAAGUGGUGCCUGGCGGCAUCGAUGGCGUGCCUCAGCAAUCUAUGCGGCUGACUGGACGGGCCGCACACGGCGUGAUCGCAUGCACAUAUCUAUUCGUCGCCUCGUACGCACCGACCUGGGGUCCCGUAUCGUGGAUCUAUCCCCCCGAGCUCUACCCGCUGCGAGUGCGCGGAAAGGCCGUCGCGCUCGCAACGUCGGCAAACUGGGCCUUCAACACGGCGCUAGGUCUUUUCGUGCCCCCGGCGUUUGCUAACAUAAAAUGGCAAACGUACAUUAUCUUCGGGGUGUUUUGUACCGCCAUGUUCAUCCAUGUCUUCUUCAUGUUCCCCGAGACGGCGGGCAAAACGUUAGAAGAGACCGAGCAGAUGUUUGAGGACCCCGAUGGAAUUCCGUACAUUGGAACGCCUGCCUGGAAAACCCGCAAGCAGACUCAUGCUGUGCGGGCAUUGGAGCAAGGAGAUGUGGAGGCCAUCGCUGAGAAGAAACGGGAUGUCGUUCAUAAGACAGAUUCAGCUGCUUAG